AUGAGUUAUUUGGACAGUGAUGUCAAAAGUGGAGAUUGGACUAUUCCUCUCGGUGACAAUGAUGCAGUCAAUGCUUUUUUGGAUGCCAUCGAGCGAAACCCUAAUACUGUCGCAGCCCAGGUGGAUUUGAUCCUGAACAGUGAGGGACCUAGUUCAGAUGGAAAUGAAUUGACACAACCACAAGCCGCUAGAUUGGUACAUUUGGUAAAAUCUCGAAAGAGUGUCGAUUGGGGGCACCUGCGACUGGGUUUCCGUUCUGAAUGCCCCCAUCUACUGUUUUGUACAACGCAACUUGCUCCGUUGUUCUCGAAAAUUAGCGCCUCGGCCUAUGACAGUGCUUCGGAUUCUUCCGGCUGCCUUCCUUUAUCGACAGCUCAUUCGAUUCUCAAUGCGCUACAGCAUGGAAAUCGCCUCCAAGAGCUCGCGUUGUGCUUUUGCGUUAUACAAGAAGACAGAAUGGAACUGUUGAGCCAGGGGAUACAGUCGACCUCUUGUCCUUUGCGUAGCUUGUACUUGCGGGACGUCGAAUGCGAUCAUGCCGCGCAUGUCGAAAACAAAAACCGUAGAAGCGAACCCUUUGUAUUGGCACUGACGAAGAAUACCACACUGGAAGAUGUCACUUUCAUAAGUUCCUUCACAUCAACUCAGGAUGUAACUUUGGUUGACCUCUUCUACCAGAUGUCAAAUACCCAGCCGCCAAUAAGAUGGAAAAAACUAUUCAUCGUGGGUUCUGAUUUAGGAAAAUUCGCACAAAUUCAGGACCAAACUGUACGGCUUGUGGAUCGUUUGACAAGGAUGCUGAGUCAUCGGGACUGCAGCAUAGUUGAACUGUGUCUUCAAAACUGCAGUCUCGGAUUCCAUUACAAUAAUACACAUGGACGAGGUAUCCUCCAAUCGCUAAUGUCAGGCGUGCAAGAAAACUCUUCCAUUCAAGUGCUAAAUUUGAAUAACAAUGCAUUUAGUUUGGCAGACUUGCAAUUCAUCCUGGAUGGUAUUUCGGGGUGUCCCAACCUUCGUGAGCUCGAAUUAUGCGAGGAACAUGCGUCACUCAAUGUACCAGAAAACCAAAACACUUCGUGGCUGACGAACAGUCGCCUUAUGUUACCUCGACCGGGCACAAACCUCAAUAAACUUUGGAUUUGCGAUCACUUCCCGCUUUGCAACAUUUACGAUUAUGAAGAUUAUGAAGAAUAUAUUUCCUCUGGCAGUCAUCGUUUCAUGACUGAUGCUGAAUUAGAGGCAGUGCUUCUGCCGCUCUUGGUGUACAAUCCCUUCAUUUGUGAUCUUGGUCGAGGGCUGAAUUGGAGAGGGAUGCCACGGGCUGCGGAAGUCUUGGAUCUGAAUCAGUGUCUUGGGGCCCUUCGCACGCCACCUUCACCAGCGCAAGAUCAAGAGACUACUGAGAGUCCUCUGUCUCAUAUACCUCUAUCCCUCUGGCCCACUGUGUUGGAACGUACGAGUAAGACUUUGAAGGACCCUGCAAGAUGUGCAAAUGUAGUACAUCACAUUCUGAAACGGGGACCAGGGGUUCUGGAUGGAUGA